GUAUAUAUAUAUUGGGAUAAUUUGGCAGAGCCAGUUGUAAAUAUCAAAGAAAAUAAUUGACAUAGUUAAAAUACUACAUACAUAUGUUACAGUUACAGACGUACACGAAUAUUGUAGCUGCGUAGGUAUAUACAGUAGGAUACAAAAUCCAAGUAAUAAUGUGUUGAAUUUGCCAACCUCAAACAGGAUCAGCGCCAGAGCUAUGUAAGGCUUUAUGCAAGCGCCAGAUCAAGAAGGUUGCCCGAAAGUUCUCACGCCGUUCGUUGUUGGUUUGGAACAGGAACAGCUGUUCAUGACCUGUGCUCCGCCAACGGCCUCCUUCUGAACUCGCCUGUGCUCCUCUUCACAUGUCGCUGCUGGACGCUGAGCAUUCAGUGCAUCCAUCGCCGGACUCUCGGAAGAAUGGUUCAUUUCCGCCCAUUUCUCUCAAUUCAAGCCACAUACAAGAAGCUUUAGCCCGGUCUAAUGAUGGGGGAGUAACACUUGUGCUUAUGAAGAAGAAUCUUGCGGACGUCGGCAGCGAUGCUGCAGAGGAACUCGCCACCAUCGGCCGGGAGUUUCCUGAAAACGAGUGCAGGGUCCAGAGGAUAUCGCUCGGACACAACCGGCUAACUACUCUACCGAUGGAAUUCGCCCUGCUCUCGCGUCUGAGGUAUUUGAAUCUGAAGAGCAACUGCUUCUCUGUGUUUCCGGACGUGCUCACACUCAUGCCUGCUAUUGACACCCUCGACAUUAGCCAUAACAAGAUCAAGCGUCUGCCUUCGCAACCUGGCCAUCUUGUCAACCUGCGAGUGUUUUGUUUCUCUCGGAAUAAAGUUACCAGGCUGCCUGUUUAUCUAUCCAGGUUUCGCAACCUGACAGUUCUGCAGGCUGACAAAAAUCCUAUAGAAUGGCCUCCCAAGGCUGUGAUGGAGCCUCCAAACAUGGUUGCUGACGGAGCGAAAUUCUCUAUCAGUUGGAUCAAAAGCAUCCAGAAGUGGAUUGAAUCCGAGACUACUUCUGAGAUCCAUCCUCAUGACGACUCUGGAUUUAGCGAACAUCACGAUUUGGAAAGCAGAUUGGACGAAGCUUAUUCCGCUUGGUCUUCGCGUCUUCCUCGCACUGACAGUGAAUUUGACGAUGGUGUCACUCCUCACGCCCGAUCGUUUUCCAUUGAUUCCAAUUUCUCUAUGUCUUCGGCCACGGAAUCUGUUAAUCUUGACACCCCUGCGUCUUCAUACGGACAAUCUGAUCGACCACCACCUCUACAUCUAGGUAUACUUCAGUCAUAUAGCGAGGAAGCAUCUCCAACGCGAUCUAUAGAAAGUUAUUUGCCCAGCCCCGCUGAGUCAGAUACCUUUUUUGAUAGUACGUCUACGCAUGACCACGCUGACUUGGACCAGCAAUCUCAGUCGCAGCAGCAGCAGCAACAUGCUCGCAAUGCUUCCUACGCUGCCGGGAGCAUUCGUAGCUCGAAUCGCCCGGACUUUCUGGGAAAGAAGAGCAUGCCUGACCUUCGUACAGCCAAGCUCAACUUCUCGAAAAAAUCAGUUCCGGAUUCCCUUCAGCAUACGCGUGUAGAUCGAGGAUUUACUGCUAAGUCUUCUUCCGCCAAUUCUCCUUCCACUAGCACUCCCACCAACACUCACUCACACCGACCGAACCUUCACCACCCUCACGAAGACUCUUUUUCUAUACCCUCCCCUCUUUCUCAAAGACAGGACUCGAGUGGGAGUUCAAAUACUUCCAAUUCUCGUGCUAUCCGUGGGCCAUUUUCGGUCGCCAAAGAUAAAGAUUUUAUAGCUCAAGUAUCUCCAACUCGAGCGGUCCCUUCCAUGGCGUUCGAACGGAAUUCCUAUUUUCGACGAAUAUCCUCCCUUCCCACUGCAUCAAUUUCAAAUACUCUGCCUCCACCGCUGCUUAACCUGGUCGACACUGCACGCAGUAUACUCUUUGCUGUAUGUCAAAUAUAUCAGACCCUCGAGCACUACACUCUCCAUCACACAAUUGAUGAUAGGCUUUCAUCAGUAUUGAAAAAGGUGUUGCACCCUGCCAGUACAGAUAUGAUGCAGUUCAUCAACUCACUGGAUCGAUUCGAUGCAAUGAGUCGCAAGACUGUACCUCCUCCCACAGUAUGUCGUGGAGUAGUUGAGAGUUGUCGAGACACGGUCGCGGUGUUCGGGAAAACUGUGGGCGUAUUAUCCCUGCAAUUAAAGGUGAUCGUGAGCGUGGAUGAUUUGCGUUAUGUUAGAGCACUCUUGAUUCAACUGUAUAGUGCCGCGGCAGAGAUAUCUCUUGCGUGGCAAGGGAUGAUACCGCUGAUGGAUUCUGUUAAACCCUAUCUUCAUUCGAAGGCGUUCCCAACCCCAUCGCCACCCAAUCAUGUUGGUCUUGGGAAUAUUGACAACAAUCUGUAUCAUUCGCCAGCUUCAGCUCCUCUUUUACCUACUUCGUUGUCGUUAUCGGAAGGUAGUCCUUCACAUCUACUGUCCCUUCGGGCCAACCCAUCGGGCGUGAGAACACAUACAGCUAGGCGACACGCAGGUUCGUUUAGUUCGAAGGAUGUGGAAAUCGGAAAAACACUUCCCUCGUGUGAAGAGAUGCCCUCCUUAUCUGGUGGAAUAGCGCUCCAUACACCUACAUUACGGACUCCCAAACGGAAGAACGGCUCUGCGACAACACCGACGACAAUGCUAACCAUCCAGGCACCUUCACCGACUGGUCCUAUCUCGUUGUCCAAUUCCUCUUCGUCCCUAACCACUUCUACCAUUUCAGUCUCAGCUUCCAUAGCCGAAUCCUCUCGUGCGGUACACAGUGCACACUCCCACUCCCGUUCUGGAUCUCAAACUUCCAUAAUUGCAGGAUCCUCCUCCAAUCCAUCCUCAUCUGCUGCGUCGUCUCCAUCAUUACCACCCCCUAAACCGACGUCGUUCUUGGAAUUACCCUCGACGUCGAGAACACUAGUAGAUAAUGAGGCACUGCAAGCUGUGCAGGCUGCGGUUGAGGUGGCUCCUACAGUGUGGGAUAUGAUAGAGAAUGUGCUACUCGGCAACGAGGAAGGUAAAGGAGUCAAGGCUGGUGUGAACUUGCUAGAGAUGAAAGAGAGCUUAAACAAUGCCAGAGCGAUCACGAGUAGGUUAACGGAAUGCCUUCAAACCAUGAGAAACAAGGAGGGAGGUGAUGUCGGAUCAGAGAGGAAGAGUUUGAGAGAGGAUGCUCAUUUGUUUAUGAAAUCUGUUGUGCAACUAUCCAACGCCAUCAAGAUAUACGGCGGUGCUCGCUCUUCAGCUCUACGUACCAACAUGGUCAAAUUGACUAACUCGACGGAGGAAUUUGCCAUUCUCCUCCACGUAUCAUCUUUUACUCCUUUGCCGGCACCUACUACUGUUGCAUCUUCUUCUACUUCGAUACGACCAUACUCUCCAUCUCCCAUGCUCAAUGCAUCGACAAAUCUGCUUCAUUUACCGGAGAUAGAAAAUCGAGGAUUAGGAUUGGGACCCGCACUUUCAAGGAGUCGGAGUGCACAAGGUUCUACAACAAAUAAAUUACCUCCUUCGCCUGCGCCAACAGAGGCUCCGAGAAGUGCGCAGCCGCUGCAAUCAUUCAAAUUACCAGUGAUCAGGCGCUUGAGGGACAGGGAGGCGGCGAACGGCUUUAGAAUAGAUGGAAUUACUGGCGGUACUGGGCUUCAUGGUAAUGGUAAUGGGAUUGGUAACGAUCCUGGAUGACUUAUAGUGUAUUUUAUAGUUUCGUUUUCGGUACUCAGGUUGUAGUUAUUUUAUCCUGCCCUCCCUCCGAUCCUUUGCAUUUGUUCUCUUUGUCGGUUGCUAUACUAUUCGUAUAUUUUACU